UGUGUGCAGACCCCAUUAUUCAUGCUUUCUCCUCUGCGGAUGGAUCUGUGUGGGCUUCUAAGUCCAUUCAACAUUUGGGUCACUUUCAAGGCUGCCUGGUUUCUGCUUUCUAACAAGCUUUUUGCUUCUUUGCGUGUAUGCGCAUGGCUUGACAACCAUGGGUAUGUGGGUGGCUUGAACCAGCUUCAGUUUUGACUGCAUGCCCGGGGUAAACCUGGAGUUUAUGUGGAGUGCUUAUCACAUUCAGAUGGCUCUCUGACCUCUCAGAGCUUACAGUUAAACAGCUUGCUACUCUUAUCUUGUUUCCUCCAAAUAGCACUGCAACCUCAGGCUAGAGACUCUGUCUGCUUAGCAUAGAGGCCACCUCUUUUGACUUACUCUGCCUCAGGUCAGGCAAGUCCCUUCUCUAAGUGACAAGUUUCUGGCAUGGGCAGUGAGAGCACAGCACAGACUCACACAACUCUAAUCAAACUUCAGUACUUUUCAUGAAUAAACACUUCUAGUUUGUUGUAGGUCUUCAGAGUCUUUAAAAUAAUAAUAUCCAGAUUUAUAGCCGCGGAGCGGCGAGCAGAGCGGAGUCCCUGCUGCACUGAGAUCUGAGAGGCUUGGGCCUCGCACAUGCGCUUUGGGCACCUUUAGUCACUGCCCUUUGUGCUUGGCGUCAUGGUUACCGUUGCUAGGUGCUCCAAGAAUCCAAACUGUUGCACGGUGGGUUUGGCUUAUCUCUAGCGCUGGUGCUGGUGUCUAGAAGUGGCAAAAAGCCGAGCGGAAGGUCAAGUGUUGGUGAAGCCUCUCGGCUUUGCAAUGAAGAAGUUUUUUGGUUUCGGGACUGGGAAGGGGCGUUCAUCCCCAGUCUUUCGCAUGGAGCUGAUGAAUGGCUUGGGGGCCCCAGUGGACAAGAAGGAAGAAGUCAAUGAGUCCCCGCGGAGGUAUAACAUCCACGUGAAAGAUUUCAAAGAGAUCCACAGAGCUGCUGUCAUGGGCAACAUAUUGAAAAUGCAGCGGUUGCUACUUCUUGGGAAAGACGUGAAUAAAAGAGACAAGAAGAAACGGACUCCUCUCCAUCUGGCCUGUACCAUUGGCCAUGCCGACAUGGUGGAUUUUCUUGUAGAGAGGAAAUGCGAGCUUGACCUCUAUGAUCAAGACUGUAGGACUCCUCUAAUGAAGGCUGUACAAUACCAGGAAGAGGCAUGUGUAACUAUUCUUUUAGAACACGGUGCUAAUCCACGUCUUACGGAUAACUUUGGCAAUACUGCCCUCCACUAUGCUGUUGCUGGUGAGAACACGUCAAUAGCAGAGAAGCUGAUUUUAUACCAUGCAAAUAUUGAAGCAAGAAACAAGUUCGAACUCACACCGUUUUUACUUGCUAUAACUGAAAACAAAUACCAAAUGGUGGAAUUGUUAAUUGGAAAAAAAGCAGAUGUACAUGUGGUUGAUAAGUCAAAAAGGUACAAUAACUCUGAGUUCCUAAGGGUGAAGUUGUGUCUCUGUUAUUUUAGAACAGCCCUCAUGCUUGCUGCAAUUUCUAAAUCUCCAGAUGUAGUCAGGCUUCUUCUUCAGCAAGGUGUUAAUACCUCUUCUCGAGAUGAAUGUGGAUGGACGGCAGGACACUAUGCUGUUUUUGGUGGAUUUGAUGUCUAUGUUUUAGAGUUUGGAGAUAGAGAGAUAAAAAAUAGUCCCUUCCCUCAAGAAGCUCUUGGUUUCGAUGGGUUCGAACUCACACCUUUUUUACUUGCUGUAAAUGAAAACAAACACCAAAUGGUGGAAUUGUUAAUAGGAAAAAAAGCAGAUGUACAUGUGGUUGAUAAGUCGAAAAGAACAGCCCUCAUGCUUGCUGCAACUUCUAAAUCUCCAGAUGUAGUCAGGCUUCUUCUUCAGCAAGGUAUUAAUCCCUCUUCUCGAGAUGAAUGUGGAUGGACAGCAGAGGACUAUGCUGCUUUUAGUGGAUUUGAUGUCAAUCGCCAAAUAAUUGCCCAACAUACAGAAGAAAGACUUAAAAAUUUUUCGCAAAAUAACAAUCCAGCUGGGGAAGGAGAGGAGCGGCCAGCAAUUGGAACAAAGGACGAUGGUAUUACUGAAAGUGUUCCACAAGAGCAAACAGUUAAUGACUGUUUGACUUCUGCUGACAGGGCAGAUAAAAAUGAUAGACAUGUUAUGCUGUCAGCAUUAGGAUUCGCAGAACAAAAUGAAGAAUCACCUUGGGAUUCUGAGAGUAAUUCUGAAAGUCUUCCAGAGACAUACAUUGAUCAUUUAUCUGGAAAUGCAGAUCAGAAAGGGACAAGUCCAUUAAAUGAACAAGUGGGAGAUGUGUUUUAUAUACCUUCUUGCAUGAGUGGAUCAAGAAACUUUAAGAUGGCUAAACUAGAGGAUACAAGAAAUGUAGGCAUACCAGUAGCCCACAUGGACUCUCUGGAAAAAUAUUCUUUCUUGAAGCCUACUGUCGAGGAGAAAGAUUCUGUUCCUAAGAAAGGAGGACAAAUGGAGGAAAAACAAACAUCGAAAUCAGAUUCUCCAGGAAAAUGUUCUUACUUGAAGCCUGCUGUGGAGGGGAAAGGUUUUGUUCCUAAUGAACCCAGAGAAAUGGAGGAUAUACAAGCAUCCCAAUCAGAUUCUCCGGGAAAAUAUUCUUACUUGAAGCCUGCUGUAGAGGGGAAAGAGUUUAUUCCUAAUCAACCCAGAGAAGUGGAGGAAAUUCAAGCAUCCCAGUCAGAUUCUCCAGGAAAAUAUUCUUACUUGAAGCCUGGUGUUGAAGUAAACCAUUCUCUUCCUAAUAAACCAGGAGAAAUGGAGGAAAAAGAAACAUCCGAAUCAGAUUUUUCAGCAGAACUAGACUUAGAAAUGACAACAGAAGAAGAGGAAGAAAGUCUUAGUGAAAGUGAAAAUAAACACCUGCAGAUUGAAGAAACGGAGAAGCACCAAAAUGAUGAAAUGGCAGUAUUGGAAAGCAUAUAUGCUUCUGCUGCUGCUGGACUAAUGCAUCCAAUAGGGAGUGGAAAAACUGAUAACAACCCAUGUCCUAUUACGGAAAAUGAAGAAUCUGAUGGUGAUCCUGCUUUGGAUACAAAGGAAUUAAGGAAAGGGGAAAAAGAAAAACAAACAUCAAAAGAAUCUGUGAUUACACCAAGGUUUGAGAAAGCCCCUUCUCUAACUUCUCGUCCACUACGAAUGAAUGAUGACAGCACUUCAAGUGGAAUGGAUCAGGAUGAAGGAAGACCUGCAAAGAAAACAUCUAGUGAAGAGGAAGAGGUCAAAAAGCAAAUUCCUUGUAUGGAUGACCUUGAUGACUUAACUCCGUCAUCUGAAACAAUUUCGGAGGGUUUCCACAUGCCUUGCUCUAAUUAUAUGACUUGCAUGUCGCUAAUUGAACAACAUGGCAUGGAUUGUAAAGAUUCUGUCAGUUUAUUGAAAAUCCAGAAUGCGGUUCUUUCAUAUAGAAGAUUAAUAGAACUUAAAAAAUAUCACUGUGGACAACUUAAAAGAAAAAAUAAAAAAAUGGAAAAUAAGGCUAAGGGACUACAAAAGGAGCUAUCAGAAAAAAAAGAAAUGAUAUCGAAGUUGGAGCUUCAAAAAGUAGAAUGGGAGCAAGAACUCUGCAGUUUGAGGAGACUCUUCCCCAGCACAUCCCCAAACCCAUACCGUCUACCCUGGUGUGAAGCCAGAGCUACAGGGUGUGCAAGGCGGUCCCACCUAGACUCCCAGCUCCAGAGUCUGACAGGGCCAGAGGUUGUGGAAGAAUGGAAUGAUACUAAGAAACAACUUUGUCGAGAACAGGAUGCCAGAAUAUUACAAGAUGGAAUUCUAAACAAUCACCUUUGCAAACAAAAGGAGAUAGAAAUGGAUAACAAAAGGAGUUCUGGGAUUUCUAAUAGUUGUGAAAAAGAAAAAUAUCUGUUGCAUAACAAAUACAUGUUGGAGGAUCAAAUCGCUAUGCUAAGACUGGAAAUAGACACAAUAAAUAACCAGAACCAGGAGAAGGAAAGGAAAUACUGUGAAGACAUUGAAAUUUUAAAAGAAAAGCAUGUCAGUCUUCAGAAGACCAUAAAACUGACUGAGGAAAGAUUAACGAACACAGAACUCCAACACAGUGGAGAGAUUAAUGCUCUGACCAUUGAGAACACAAUGCUAAAGUCUAAACUGGAGAAUGAAAAGCAAAACAAAGAAAGACUGGACGAAAAAGUUGAAUCGUACCGUGCUAGACUAGCUACCGCUAUACAGGAUUAUGACCAAAGUCAGACAUCAAAAAGAGACCUAGAACUUGCUUUCCAGAGAGCAAAAGGCGAAUGGUUUCGUGUACAGGACAAAUUGAAUUUUGAUGUGUCUAAACUAAAAGAAGAUAAUGAGCUUCUUUCUCAGAACCUUUCUGAAGCUGAAAGUAAAUUUAAUACUCUGGAAACUGAGCUCCAUAGCACAAGAGAUGCUCUCAGAGAAAAGACUUUGGUUUUAGAACGUGUACAAAGAGACCUAAGUCAAACACAGUGUCAGAAAAAGGAAAUUGAACACGCGUAUCAAAGUGCACAAGAUAAAGUGAGUAAAUACAUUGGGAAGCAGGAAUCCUUAAAGGAGAGAUUAUCUCAACUACAGAGUGAAAAUAUGUUGCUUCAACAGCAACUAGAUGAUGCUUACAACAAAGCUUCCAGUAAAGAAAAGGUAGUAAUUAAUAUCCAAGACCAGUUUCAGGAUAUUAUAAAAAAACUUCAAGCUGAAAGUCAAAAGCAAGCUCUUGUAAUAGAAGCAAGCAAGCAAGAGUUAAUCAAUGAACGUAAUCUUUUAAGAGAAAAAAUGUAUGUGUAUGAAAAGGAGAAAGUAGAAAGAGAAGUAGCAGUGAGACAACUUCAAGAAGAACUGGCCGAUACCCUAAAAAAACAGUCUAUGUCAGAGGCUUCACUGGAGGUGACAUCACGUUGUCGUAUGAAUUUAGAAGAUGAGGUAAAGGACUUAAAGGAAAAACUGGCUCAGAUUAGGAAUCAGUUGCAAGAUGCUCAAGAACGACAUGCAGAGGCUGUAAUGCGUAUUGAGACGUUGAAAGAUCACGUGCAAAAGCUUGAAGUUGAAAAUGCCGAGUUAAAAGAUACCAUCAAAAAGCAAGUGGGAAAAAUUGAACAGCUUCAGGAAAACACAUUAAGUACAUGUUCAUCUGACGAUGAAAAGGAACAGAUAAAGAAAUUUAUUGAGUUAAAACAAUCUCUUGAAUGUAGUUUGAAUCAAGAAAUGAAGAAAAAUGGUGAAUUAGAAAAAGAGAUUACUAGAUUUAAGAAACUUUUAAAAGCGACAAGAAAAAAGUUAAGUGAAUAUGGAAAUGAAGAUCUUAGUUUCCAUGGAGAUUUAAGAACCAGUCACACUGAAACGGAUAUUCAGAUUAAUAUGCUAAAACACAAGACACAAGUAGCAUCUCAAGAAAGCUUAGCACAGUUAAGAGAAAAUAAUAAUGCUUCAGUAAGAAGUCAAAUGGAACUCAGAAUUAAAGAGCUGGAAUUUGAAUUAUUCAAAAUGAAAAGUUCUCAAGAAGAUCUUACUAAAACAGAAUUGGACAGGUACAAGCACCUCUACCUAGAAGAAGUAAUGCAUCGAACGUCAUUGACAAAUGAACUGAACAAGACUAGUGAGAGGCUGGCAGAGACCAGUACCAGACUUCUGAUGGAGAAGCAACAGAAGCAAACUUUGCUUGACACUAUUAAUAUGAGGCCAGCCCUUGAUCUGCCUUAUGGUAGAAAAGUCAAUAAUAGUUCACUAUUCAAUAGAAAUGUUGCUCUAAGAGAAAACAUGAUGAUUCCUACCUCAAACUCAUGGCAUUCAAGUAAUGACAUCGGGACUUUCUUGACCAAGAUGCAGCAGGAGUUGGAAAAAAAUAUAACUAGAGAACUAGAAGAAGUUGCUGCUGAAUUUGAAUCAGGCUCAUCUGGUGGAGCCACCUCUUUAGAAUCUACUUUUGAAAGACAUAUAAAUUGUGACGAUGUACAGAAAGCAUACAGAGAGUACUCAGAGUUUCUGAAGAAAAAGUAUAGCAUCUGA